GAUUACUGAGCCAUAAGCUCCACCAGCAGAUACUUGUCAGAUUCUGCGUACGGCAGAUAAAACCAUCACCAGUUGGAAUAUCUAGCAGACCGCAGUGAACAUGCCUAUUGGAAAUCAGGAUUCCGGAGUGACUGGCGCGGCCAAAUUCGUCACAUCGACCCUCGGCAACGCGGUCGGCGGCGUCUCUCGCACUGUUGGCGGGGUGACAGGCGCCGCGGGGCGAGGUAUCGGCGAUACCAUCACCGGCGCCACGGGGAGCGCAGGGAAGCCUGUUGGCGAUGCACUGGGGAGUGUGGGCAGCGGCGUGGAAGAUGGAGCCCGGAAGGUUGCCAAGGGAAUUGAAGAUGCUGGACAGUGGAAGUGAGAGGUGGGGGGGGGGAAGAGUGGACGAUGGGAACAAGAGUAAACAAUGAUGGAUGUCGGUCGGUAGGCGGUGUGCUAGUUCUUCCUGCAGUUUCAUGAUUGUUACUGUUGCUCUAAAGAAGCAAGCUGGAAAGCCUUCAAACCUAUAAGGGUGCUUUUGACUAAUGCGAUUGAUGAUUAUCUACGUCUGCAGGAACAGC